UUUCGCUUUCUCUUGCUCUGAAACAAGUACGUUCUGCACUGAAACUUACAGUUUGGCUCAGUAAAAUAAGAUUUUGGUUCACAUUCAAGGUUACUCAGUUUGGUUGGUAACCAUGACACAUUUACUGGGUCAGAUAAAACAAAUAAAUGAACGUGCAGCUUGGGAAUUGGAAAGAGAAGGAUUUACAAAGGACCAAGACAUCAGGUCACUCGACAGACAAGACCUGCUGGAGCUGCUUCCUGGAAAAGACAGACUCAGAGUGAGAAAACAAAUACAUGAACUCAUACGCAGUUCACCACCAAGUAACGAAAAGUAUUCAGUUGAUGCAAUCCUUAAAAAUAUCAGAGGAUUAAUUCCACCGGACUCACUUUCAAAUGCUCUGUCUGACGAUGGACCACUUGAAAAGUACCUGUCACUUCUCAAAGGUCAUAGAUAUCAGCUAAUGUCUGUGCUAGAAAUGAUUGAGGCACAAAUUGAUUUAUUGGAGAGAGAACGAGGAAAUCCUGAUGCUGGAAAAAGAAAUGAUGUCUUUAAUACAAAUACAGUCUCAACAGUCUAUACAGUAAAUACUCCCUCCACAAAUACUGGAUCUUGGACAUCUUGGUUAUUUCCUCCGCAAAAAAGAGGAAAUGUCCCCUCUGCUGCUGCAAAUGCACCAGAUUCUGCUACAGGUUUCCAAUCAAAGAUAAACACCAGCCUAAGGACAAAACCACAAAUAGCCACUGUCAUGUACAAGAUGGUGGUCUGUGGUAAAACACUGGACAAACAUCUUGACAUCAUAGAGAAGUUAAAAGGUCCAGUUCCUGGACAUAAUAUUAAUCUUCAGCUGCAAGAAGUCACAGAUCUGAACUACCAGGUCAUCCUACUCUUCUGUCCAGUGGUCUCACGCGCAGGGACAGAUGUGGAAGCAGCCCUGCGACAAAUUUCAAGUCACAAACCCCUCAUUCUUGUUGUGAUGCACCACAUGCAUUCUCCAACAAGUGUUGCAGGCCCAAAAACAAGAUCUAACAUUGACCUUGGGGUUAAUGUUUUCUUUCACGAGACUGUGAAUGGUCUGCUGAAAUGCCCACAAAAUGAUGACGCCAUAACUGAGAUAAAAACAAAGCUACUUGAAUGCAGCACAAAAAGAAGUUGCACAAACUAAGGGAUAAAAUAAUAGCAAAUCCUCCCAAACCCCUUACAUUCUUAAAGAUACACUAUAGAAAACUCUUGUGUGGGAUCCGUCACUAUGGAGAUGUGAUAGCUUUGUCUGAAAAGUAUCGGAUCUUAAAUGUAUCUAAUAUGUUUUAUUUCAUUAUGAGUGUUUUUACUGCUUAGAAAAUAACUGUCUUACUCCUCUCCACAGAUCUGACCUGAAAUCUGACCUGGUGGCAUUUCCUGCUUGUCUUUAUGGAGAUAGAUAAGUUUAAUUCCAUGCUGUGGAACAUUACAGAAUGGAGAGCUAUUAUCUUAAUAGAGACAGGCAGGUGACGUGCCCCUCACCAACACCUGCCCCUCACCAAAAAAGCUUCAUACCCCCUGUAAAUGCACCCAUAAAAUGAAGUUUACAAGAGUGUGGCACAUGAACUACUUUGUGUUGUUAAGCUAACGAUAAAUACAUACCACAAUUAAAAGGGCGAUUCAUAGGAGUAUGGUGAUUUAAAGCAUGAAGGAUGUAUUAUUGUAUUGUUUGAUGUUUACAUGACCUACUUGAUUAAUGAAUUAUGAUUAUAUU